CACAUCUGCCACGGAAAUGUAAGUGUUCACUGGAAGUGCAAUAUCUCGCUACUACUGAUCGACAAUCUUUGGAAACAAACCAGGAAGUCUUUGUUUCAAAUUAUUUCAUUGGGUUACAGAAAUGGUUAGCUAGCUAACUUAACUAGCUAGCUACGAAGCUGGAUUUGCCCAUUUAUGCAAUUCUAGAUACUGCGCUUAGAGGUAUUUAAAUGCACCGACUCGCCAAGUAGCCAUCUAAAUUCUCCCUAAAAUGGACGAAAUAAGUCCGUUGCUGACCCCUCGGCACUCUGAAAGUGUUGAUCUUCCGUCUCCAAAUUUGAGACCAAGGCACCGCGAGCUCAUCCCGACGCCCUGCGGUCCAAUAAAGCCAUGGUCGGAGUUGACGUGCCUGGUUAAAGUGUAUUAUUGUUUCACCAUCACAUCUUUAGUAGGGGUUCUGGCUCUUACUUUGGUUAACGUAUACAGACAGUUCCAGAAGAAUGACAGUUAUGAAGAGGAGUCUGUGUCCCUCAUUCAGCUUGUGGGAAUCUUGUUCUGCCUGUAUUACGUCACGCGGGGGAUUCUGCAGGAGAACCGGCAGGAGCUGAUCGCCUUCGUGCUGAGCGUGCUGCUGGUCAUGGUGCGCUCCGUGGUCAACUUCACCGUCCUACCGCCCGAGGAGCGCAGAAGCCUGCUCCUGGUGCGGUUCGUGUGCAUCCUGUUCGUGGGGAUGCUCCACGUGGUCUGCGCCACCCUUCUCGUCCAGAGGCCCAACAUGAUGGCGUUCCGUGUGGGAGGAGCCCUGGAGAGCCUGCAGGAGCAGUACUUCCUGCUCAACCUCUGCUUUUCCAUGGUCACCUUCGACCUGCAGGCCCAGCUGUGCCUGUGUAUCCUGAUAAUAACGUCGAGCAUGUCUCUGUCCUACUCCCACAACAUCAUCCUGGGCUUUGGGGUCAUCUGGGCCUGCUUCACUGCUGCCGUUGGAGCCACAGCGGUUCUAAAAGAAUUAAAGCCGCUUGUUUGGACUUUCGUCCUUCAAAACCUGCCAGAGCUGGCCUAUUUAAUUUACCUUCUUUACGUGGUGAGUGUGGAGUGGGGACAGGGCAAGUCCUACAGCCAGGAAGCGGCCGCCGUCACUGGCUCCUGCAUCUCGGUGCUGAUCAAAGGCGUGCUGUUCUGGUCCCUGUUCCGGCUGUACCGCAGCUUCGGCCAGGGCCUGAGGGAGCGCAUGUUUGCCUCAGGCCAGCAGUGAGGCCACGCCCCCUGCCAGCAAGGAGCAUCAUGGGAUAUGUGCCGUCAACGAUGGGUCCGUAACUCUUGCACGAUGUGAAGGCACCGGAGAAGUGACUCUACAGGUUUUGGUGACGUCUUGAGUAACAACACACGGUUAGCGUAUUGCUCCAAGCCCUUGGCUAGAAGGCAGAUUGGGAUGUGACCCUGCCUGUGAAUUACAGGAAGCUGCUGCAUUGCCUCCUGCAGGCUUUUAUAUAGGAUUGGUUCUAAUGUGUUGCACUAACGAGGGGGGAAAAAAACCCGUAAUCUUGUCCUUGAAAGGUCAAUUCUGGACACAGCAGGUAUAACCAGUCACCUGUCGUCCUUGUAAAUAUUUGUAAAAGUGCCUUUGUAACUUGCUUUUGUAAUUAUCACUCACAGUUUUGUUUGAAUUUAUACACCGCAUUUUUCUUACACACUUUUUAUUUGUUUAUUUUGUUUAAGGAAGACAUUACGUAAAUAACGAGAAGCUAAAUCCUGUCUAUAGAAUUUCUAAACGUAAUUCUGUUUUUUAUGACAAAAUCUGUGAAAGCAUAUAUAUAUAUUGUUUUUUUGUUGACUGAAAGUAUUAGGUCUUUAGUCUUUAUUUUACAGUGGGAAAGAUAUUUUGCACGACGUGAGGCACAAGGCACGCUUUUCAUUGAAAGACUAACUUAACUUAUAUAUUGCCCCCUUGUGGACGGAAUGUGCGUAGCAUUAACUUGGUUUUGAACGCCUUUUGCAACUACCAAAGGAAUUUUACGAGUGGAAUUAUUUUACCAUUUGAAAUGACUCUGUUAACCUUUUAACUCUUGAUACGGAUGUACUAAUAUUUAAUUUACAAGGACCUCUAAUUGUUUAAAAAGGUUUUAAUUGGGAUUUUUUCCCCGACUGUAAGCAUGUGUGAGCUUUGUGUUGCAUUCAGGUAUUGGUUUGUUUGAUAUGAAAACAUCACUCGUCUCCAAUCUGAAUGUGGAUAGGAAUAAGGGUGCCACAGUCUCUUACUACAGUUAUCAGUUCAUCAGGUCUGGCCUCAUGGUUCCAUUUUACCUUUUUCACUGGCUUGGUAUGUACUAAAAUGGAUAAACAUCUUAAGGCAGAAACUAACCAGGCCUGUUAUGGUGGCCACUUUACGUAUAUUUUUUUUAUUUGUGUGUGUUUUCUAUGUCAAGCCAAUCAAGAUCCAUUAAAUAAAAUUUGUAUUAAGUGGUUCAU